UUAGACUGGCAAAUUCUCGGUGGUUAUCAUUAUUUCCACCGCAUUUUGGGCGCACUUUUGCUUGAAUUGACGUUGGUCCAGGUACGAGUGUACGGAAGUCUGUCCAGCCCAUUUCGAUCACCCACAGGCAAAAGUUGGAACAAGGCCCUCUUUUUCACAAACACGCCGACUGACCGACUUGCUCCUGCUCCUCUCUCCGUCCAGCCUGAGGUUAGUGCUCUUUCAGGAAUAUAUGCAUUAUCUCCUGCCAACUCGCUACUCGUGGGUUUCUAUGCCCAGACGAAGAAUCAGAAAUUUACGAAAACCACCGGCUAA